AUGACAUUUGAAGAUUUUGAGAACUACUCUUAUUUCUAUGACCUGUCUGAGGAAGAUGAAUCACCCCAGUCCUCCCUCAGCAUUGCCCAUAUGAUUUCCCUUUCCUUUUACAGUGUGGCAUUUCUGCUGGGAGUGCCAGGUAAUGCCAUUGUUAUCUGGUUUAUGGGCUUUAAGUGGGAUAAAUCUGUUUCUACACUCUGGUUCCUCAAUCUGGCCAUUGCAGAUUUUAUUUUUGUUCUUUUCCUGCCGCUCUAUAUUACCUACGUGGCAAUGGGCUUCCACUGGCCUUUUGGGAAGUGGCUCUGCAAAAUGAACUCAUUCAUCGCACUACUUAAUAUGUUUGCCAGUGUUUUCUUCCUGACAUUCAUCAGCCUCGACCGCUACAUCCGCCUAGUCCACCCAGUCUUUUCCUACAAGUAUCGAACUGUAAGGAACACCCUCAUCCUUAGUGGGAUCAUUUGGAUGUCAGCUGCAAUUAUUGGUGGCCCUGCCUUAUACUUCAGAGACACAACUACAGUUCUCAACAAUGUCACCAUUUGCUACAACAACUUCCAUGUGCAUGACAGAGAACUUAUUUUGCUGACACAUCACAUUCUCAUUUGGGUGAGGCUUGCAUUUGGUUACCUCUUUCCUCUAGUGACCAUGGUCAUUUGCUACUCAUUGCUGAUUGUCAAAGUGAAGAGGAGAACUGUACUGACUUCCAGCAGGCUUUUCUGGACCAUCAUCGCUGUAGUUGUAGCUUUUUUUGUUUGCUGGACACCGUAUCACAUAUUCAGCAUUGUGGAGCUGUCUGCUCACCACGAUGAAAACUUGCAUGACUUACUACAGGAUGGCAUUCCCCUCUCCACUGGCCUUGGUUUCAUCAACAGCUGCCUCAAUCCAAUCCUCUACGUUCUGAUUAGCAAAAAGUUCCAGGCCCAAGUCAAGACGACAGUCUCUGAGGUGCUAAAAUUGGCACUGUGGGAGGUGAGCCGCUCGGGAACGGUCAGUGAGCAGCUGUGGAGCUCGGACAACACCCAUGCGCCUGUGCGCUAUUGUGAAACUGCUCAGUGA